GGUUAUGCUAGGGAAUAGGCCUAACCCCAGCGUCGAGGUUGGAGGUGCGGUCCCUGCCUGCCCUGUUGGCGGACGCAGACGCUGCUGAAGUUAUUUUUUGACCUCUGGGUUUCCCCUUAACCUGUGGUCCUUCUCGCGAUUGCUUGCUUCUGAUUUGAACACGUCUGUUGCCUGGUUUUUGCAUGCGACGCACGAUCGAACGACGUAGCAUUGUCGACAUAUCUCCUAUAUAAACGGCUUUGCUUUUUUCGGGGUCGGCUUCCCCCCAUCUUGCUAGCGCUGGUCCAUUUGACUCUUCUCCUGUCUAUUGGGGAGAGCGUUGAUACGGAAAAGACGUUGCCUUGCUCCUCUUGCCUGAACUUGUUCCAGAUCAGUAACCAUCUGUUGGACGUUUCGCCGCGCAGUGCCACCUCCUCUGAUCUUUCACCAUGCCACCUGAAGGAAGGCAGUUUUACGUGAUCGUCCGCAACGAGAAUGAUGACCACUGGACAUCGCACAGCGACUUCGUGGACGGCAAGUUCUACGGCGACCUUGCGUCUGCCAAUGCCGCGCUGGCCGCAUUGUCUGCCCAGCCCAAGACCUGCCUGCAAGCUGCGGGCCUACGUCCUCCUCAUGGCGCACGCACGUCAUCUGCAUCGUCGGCGUCGACGUCCGGCUCUGGCUCCGCGGACGAGUCCGGCAGCGAGCAUGACGCAGCCGAACCCGUCAGCUCCGGCCGGUCGCGUGACGGGCGGUGCAGCUGCGGGUACAAGGACGGGGUGAGAUACGAGGUGCGCAAGAUCGCGACGAGGAGCCUGUGCGGGAGGAUAACGUGGUGGUUUGCCGACGACGAGGCGGCAUCGUAGUUCUGGCCAGUCUCUGGCGCCUCUCUUAGCUGCCUGUCUGCUCGUCGCUUCUCUGUUCGUUCAUUCCCUUGAUUUACUCUCUACACUUCGAGAAAGUGGGGACUCGUCGAUUCAAAUGCAUUGCGACCUGGCGUUAGCAUACUCGAAAUUUUGCUUUAUUGGGAAGGGUAUCGCACACUGCGCGCGAGGCGGCACGGCCUGAUAAUAAAAACAGAAAAGAGUUCAACCCCAGAGUGCAACGGUUCACAAGGCUGCUUCGUGGCACGUGUACUUUACAACCAAAACCCGUGCAAACAAAGUGACGGCCGAAAAAAAAAACAAUCCUGAAAAGGGAAAAAGAGAAACGAAACAAGACGAGUAAGAAUUGUGGGAUUUCUUUCCUUUUUUGUCCUGGUUCAUAUAUCUUUAAAUGAGCAACCGCAAGAUGAUGCUUUCUGAUUUUGCAUCCCAUAAUGCCGAUACGAGGUACCCUAUCCUUUGGAAUCGAGGUGGAGGACAUGUUCAU